UUCAGACCAAUUUUGAUAUGGAUGCGCUAAUAGGAAAUUAAUGUGCUAAUAAAAGUACAUAUUGAAUGCUAUUAAAAUCAGACGCUAGCUGAUAAUUUUCCUGUUUCGAAAAAUGAACGACGAACCAUUUUUUUUUAUAAUUGUUACUAUCGUGAGUAUAGUUGUUACUUGAAUCUUUGAUAUGUGCAUUAUUGAAUUGUUAUCAGAAUUAGAAACCUUUGUAUUAAAUUUCAUUACGUUGUCUGGUUGUCAACACUGAAAGAUGGCUAAUGGUUUCAUGCACAGACUUUGAUUUGUUUUCUUUUGUAAUAGAAACAAAUUAAAGUUAAGAAUAAGAAUUUAUAGAAAGAUAACAUGACAAUAGAACAUAUGAAUCUGUUGUAAUUAGUAUUGAUCCGAGAUUAAAACGUACGUCACAAUGCUGAUUUGUCGGAAUAAAUACAUUAAAGACAUUUAUUGUUAGAUAGUCUUUGUGUUAAGCAUCAACAGUAGUGAUUUAAGUGGUAUGUUACCGGACCAUAUUCGAAGAGAAAAAAAGAUAGAUGUAUCAAAUUUGUUAUAGAAGGAUACUUUGCUAUUUCGAAUAACAAUAAACAGUGGAAACGAAUAUGACACAAUUCACCGAAUGGAUUAUACCAGGAAACACAUACCGGGUAUUUUUUCCUUAAGCAUAAUCUAUAUUUAUGUAUACAUGGAUAUGUGUAAGACCACACAAUAUUGCAUUUCUGUAAUAUAAUAGUAACAAUUAAAAAACGAUGACACAUAAUUCAGUAGAACCAAUUUCUUCCAGGAUGCAAUUUGAACCUAUGUCAUGGAAUGGGUUUAGAGAUCAUCAAACGGAAAUUCAGUAUCAUGUCUUCAAAUGGAUCGUAUACAGAAGAUUAUCUAAAUGCCUCAUUUUCGUCGGAAUUGUAUUUAACAUCGUACAGAUUUUAACAUUAAUCAUCUGGGACUCGUCAUCAAUAAAAGCUAUAACGGUGCUAUGUAUAUGUUUAUUAGUUUUAGUAGCAUUUUAUUUAACAUCAAUGAUAAGACAAAUUCAAAAUAGUUAUAGUAAAUAUAUAGUGAUUGGAGUUAUAAUACUAGAGACCACUGAAUUCUACAUCUUUGACAACAAGUACUACGAGUGCAACUAUUAUUGGCCAACAACUUUAGUAUUUCUCAUAUUUGGUUGCCUUCCUCAUCGUUUGAGGUAUCGGUUCAUCUUAGCAUUCACGAUGAUUUUGCCAAAUAUAGUUUUUACUAAGGAUACUUCACAAUACGAGGAACUAGAUGGAACAGUACUACAGAAGAUCAUCCUAUUUUUUCUACUCAUGAUACCAAUAUUUCUGUUAGGAUUUUCCAUGAACUUAUACUUAGAUACGGACAUGAGGAAGUCGUUUUCAGCUCAAAUCGUGGCAAAGAAAGAACAGGAAAUCACAGUAAACAUUUUAAUAGAGCAGGAAAAGACUCUUCUUACCAGAAUGCCACUCACAUUAGCUUCAAUAAUGCUCCAGGACAUUAAAUCAGAAGGCACCCAGGACGAAAUCGAAAAGAAUAUGUACACAUGUUGCUACAAAAAUGUUAGUAUUUCAGUGAUUCAGCUGGUGAUGUUGGAUGACUUAUUUCCAACUAAAGAAAUGUCAACAUUCACGGCCUUAAAAGAGAUAUUAGAUUGUUUAGAAGUUUUGUCAAAGAGUUGUAAACAAAGAAUGGUAGGAUCACAUUUGAAUAAAUUUGUGUUCAUAAGUGACGUGUUGGACUCCGGGUACAGACCAGCAGAAAUGUCUGUCAAUAUGAGUUUAUCUAUACUCAAUAAAGUACGGCAAUUUUCUAUGAAACAAGGAGUGGAUAUAAACGCUAGAGCUUGCAUACACAUAGGAGACAUACGGAUUGCACUUUUAGGACAGAUCCAUGCUUCGGCUGAUGCUUUUGGAGAAGAUUUGAAUAUUGCAAAACAGAUACUGGAAACCGGGGAUUAUGGUACAGUCCAGUGUUCCCAGCACAUCAAGAACUGUAUUGGAUAUCAUUUUCAACUAGAGGAAAAACAACAUGAUGGUGUGGAUGAAUUCCUUUAUAGCCGAUGUAUUAAAUGCUUUGAAGUUACUGGAACUUUAAAUGACAUAAAUAAGCUUGACAAAAAUGAAAUUCGGCAAUCUGAUAUUUAUUCUACACUAUUUUGCAGAAUGAUUCCUCCGAGAAAUAAGGCACACUAUGGAGAAAGACAACGAAGAUGGGGAGACAUCAAUAUUGGUACAUUGUCGGCUGUACCAAUCGUUUUAUUUUUUCAGUUAUGUUUGGUCAUUGCUUCACGACAAUUAUUAUUAUCUGAAGCUAUUGUAUUUUCAAUAACAAUAACAAUCCUACUACUUAUUCCAAUCUGCGUUAUUUGGAAGGCAAAACGGCAGACAGCGUUCCAAAUGUUUAAAGUGAUGACAAUGUCAGUAUCAAACAGAAUAUUUUGUCUGUUUUAUUCUGUUUUAUCAGCUGGUUUACUUUUGCUAUGUAAUGUAGUAUAUACGGUGGAUAACCUUAACGUGAACUUAGAUAAAAAUAUGUCAAACACAAACAAUGCUGAAGAGUACCUGAUGCAUUUACAGUCAAACAAUAUGGUUUUAACACUGUUAAUCAUUUCUCACAUGAUGUUCAACUACGUCGUCAAUUAUUUAUGUAUAAUAGGAUAUGUAAUAAUUAUCUGGCUCAUUACAAUGACCUCAUAUAAUUACCAUGGAUAUGAAAAUGGACAACACGCUGAGAUUAAAUCACUAAUCAACAUCACAGGAAUAGCAGCAUGUUUGAUUUAUUUUCAAAAGAUGCUUGAUAUUAUACUACAGCAGAUUAAAACUGAUACUUCACUUAUACAGACACAAAACAGAAAGGUCGUUCAUAUUGAAAGCAAAAUGAAGUCUGUAGUAAGAAAAAUUGAGCCACCAGUCAUCAUCCGCAGACACUUGGUUUCAUCUUAUGAGAAAUAUGCUAACAUUGGAAUUCUGAUAGUCAGCUAUACAUUACAGAAUUCUGACUGCAGUAUGAACAAUAUUCGCUCACUAGAUACCAUGUUAAGAUCUUUCGAUUCUUUGUUACAAAAGAAAAAGUUUGAAGGUUUAACAAAGAUAAAUGGGAGUUCGUCAGCUUACAUUGUUGUAUGUGGCAUGCCUUCAGAAAUGCAGAUGGUAACCAGACAUGAAUCAUUAAUUUUAUUUGCCAUGUCAAUGCAGGAAGAAAUAAGAAAAUGUCAAACAGAUUGUACUGACAAUCCGGCAUUUAGAAUAGGUUUGCACAUUGGUCCAGUCAUGGUUGGUAUAUGCAGCGAUUUUGUUGGUAUUUGGGGAGCUUCUGUUGAUAUAUGUAAAGCAAUUUCGUGUUCAAAGCAGAAUGUGCAUAUUAAGGUUUCUGGUGAAUUUGCAAAGUGUAUAGAUCAAAACAGAUAUCAGUUACAUAAGGGAGAAUCUGUAAUGGUUACCAAUAAAACAUAUAGAGACAUGUAUUUUCAGAAAUGAAGCUAAUUUAGAUAGAAAAUAAAUUAUUUUUAUGUUAA